AUGGCUGGGAAGGCUGUAGUCCUUACUGUCUACAUCUUCACCUUCCUGGUUGGCCUCCCUAUCAACCUCAUGGCCUUAUACACAUUCCUGGUGAAAGUAUGGAAGAAGUCAACCCCCACUGACGUCCUCUUGCUCAACCUGACUGUGUCUGACAUCAUCCUUCUGCUCUUCCUGCCCAUCAAGAUGGUGGAGGCUGCCUCAGACAUGGCCUGGCUUCUCCCUGCCUUCCUUUGCCCCCUCACCAACUACUGUUUCUACGGCAGCAUCUACAUCAGCACCCUUUUCCUCACGGCGGUCAGCGUGGAGCGUUACUUGUGCGUGGCCCAUCCCAUCAAGUACAAGGCGAAGCGCAGGACGGCCUACACGGUGGUGGCCUGCUUCUUCAUCUGGCUGCUGGCUUGUUCCCACUGCAGCAUUGUCUUUAUUGUGGAAUACCACAACAAGACUCUCUCUCACUCCCCCAAGAACUUCAAAUGCUACACAGAGCUCUCUUCCGCACAGCUUCAUUUCCUCCACCCUGUCCGUCUAGAAAUCUCCAUUGUCCUCUUCUGCCUCCCUUUCCUCAUCACCUGCUUCUGCUACAUCAACGUGAUCCGCAUCCUGGCCUCCCUGCCCAACAUAAAGCCCCAGAAGAAGAAACGGGCCAUGGGGCUGGCGGUGGCCACUUUGCUCAACUUUGCCAUCGCCUUUGCUCCCUACAACCUCUCCCACAUUGUGGGUUUCAUUCAAAACAAGGCUCCUUCCUGGAGAACAGAGGGCUUCCUAAUCAGUUCCUUGAACACCACCUUGGACCCCAUCAUCUUCUUCUUCUCCUCCACUGCCAUCCGACAAGCCUUCUCUGACUGCCUGGGCGGCGUGCGCAGGAAGCUCCAGCUUGUCAUGCCAUCCUGUGCUUGCUUCAAGGUGCCCGGAGACAAGGGCAAAGAAGGCGAAGUAGAUGGAGGAUCUGUUUCGAGUCUGCAGAGUGCAUCUCCUGACUCCUGUAUGCCCACUGAAGCCUCCUCUGAGCACAUCACGAAGACCUGGGCCAUCAAACCAUUGGACACUCUGCCACAAGUUCCUUGCAUUCAAGAGUGCCCAACGCCUUGCCAGCUCAGAGAGCAACCAUUCCUGGAGACAUUUUCCCAAUGA